UUCCCAGAUGAGAAGAGGGAAACGGAGGAGGCAGAGUUUUUAAAGCAUCUCUGAAGAAAUUCACACACAACUGUCUGGCUGUCCAACACAACUAUGACUGAGGGAACGCACUUGCGGAGGCGUGGGGGUCCAUACAAAACGGAGCCUGCCACAGACCUGAGCCGCUGGAGGCUGACCAAUGUCGAGGGCAGACAGACCUGGCGCUAUGUGGAAGAUCAGGAAGCUCCAGAGAGAGAACAGACCAUGCUGGAAGCUCACUCACUGGGAAUGGACACGAGUAAGUUUGUGUCUGGAUCCCCUGCUGCCCUCACAGCGGUGGAUGCUGCUCUGAAAGGCAUGAACUUCUACAGUUACCUUCAGGCUGAGGACGGUCAUUGGGCUGGAGACUAUGGUGGACCUCUCUUCCUGCUCCCAGGCCUCCUCAUCACAUGUCAUGUGGCUAAGAUCCAUCUGCCUGAGGCCUGGAAGAAGGAGAUGGUGAGGUACUUGCGCUCCGUGCAGCUGCCAGAUGGAGGCUGGGGUCUACACGUUGAAGAUAAGUCCACCGUCUUUGGCACAGCACUGAGCUACACCUCACUAAGGAUUCUGGGAGUACAACCUGAUGAUCCAGAUAUGGUUCGAGCCAGAAAUAACCUGCACAGUAAAGGUGGUGCUGUGGGGAUUCCCUCAUGGGGUAAAUUCUGGCUGGCCAUUUUAAAUGUCUACAGUUGGGAGGGAAUGAACACACUCCUACCAGAGAUGUGGCUGUUUCCUGCUUGGAUGCCAGCCCACCCCUCAACUCUGUGGUGUCACUGUCGCCAGGUCUACCUCCCUAUGAGCUACUGCUACGCCGUCCGACUAACAGCUGAGGAAGACUCUCUGAUCCUCAGCCUCAGACAGGAGCUUUACGUCCAAGACUAUGCCACCAUCAACUGGCCUGCUCAGAGGAGCAACGUGGCAGCAUGUGACAUGUACACACCUCACAGCACACUGCUCACCUUUGCCUACAUGGUGUUAAAUGUGUACGAAGCCCAUCACAGCACCACAUUCAGGGAAAAGGCUGUCCACGAGCUGUACGAGCACAUCAAGGCUGACGACCAAUUCACCAAGUGUAUCAGCAUUGGACCGAUCUCCAAGACGAUCAAUAUGUUGGUUCGCUGGUAUGUAGAUGGUCCCUCUUCUGCAGUCUUUCAGAAGCAUGUGUCCAGGAUCCCAGACUACCUCUGGUUGGGACUGGACGGCAUGAAAAUGCAGGGAACCAAUGGAUCUCAACUCUGGGAUACUUGUUUUGCUGUCCAGGCUUUCCUUGAGGCCGGAGCCCAGGACAAUCCCAGGUUAUCCGAGUGCCUCCAAGCUGCCCAUAAGUUUCUCACCAUCACACAGAUACCUGACAACCCACCUGAUUACCAGAAGUACUACCGACAGAUGAACAAGGGAGGCUUCCCCUUCAGCACCCGUGACUGUGGAUGGAUUGUGGCUGACUGCACGGCCGAGGGCCUUAAAUCAGUGAUGCUGCUGCAGGAGCUCUGUCCAUUCCUCAGCCAGUCUGUCCCUAAAGAGCGUCUGUAUGAUGCGGUCAACGUGCUUUUGAGCAUGAAAAACUCAGAUGGUGGAUUUGCCACGUAUGAAACUAAGAGAGGAGGGAAACUCCUGGAGCUGCUGAACCCCUCUGAGGUGUUUGGGGACAUCAUGAUAGAUUAUACAUACGUGGAGUGCACGUCAGCGGUGAUGCAGGCACUGAGGCAUUUCCAGAAGGUCUAUCCUGAGCACCGUGCUGAAGAGAUAAGCUCCACGCUAAGAGAUGGACUGGAGUACUGCAGGAAGGUGCAGCGUCCCGACGGAUCGUGGGAAGGGUCGUGGGGCGUGUGCUUCACCUAUGGGAUAUGGUUUGGCCUUGAAGCUUUUGCUUGUAUGGGUCAUGUCUAUAAGGACGACAGGAAUGUGUGUGUGGAGGUGCAGAAAGCUUGUCAGUUCCUGCUGAACCAGCAGAUGACUGAUGGAGGGUGGGGGGAGGACUUUGAGUCAUGUGAGCAGCGGCGCUACGUCCAGAGCAGCACUGCCCAGAUCCACAACACCUGCUGGGCCUUGUUAGGCCUCAUGGCUGUCAGGCAUCCUGACAGGUGGGCCAUUGAGAGAGGUGUGCAGCUGCUGAUUGACAAGCAGCUACCUACUGGAGACUGGCCACAGGAAAAUAUCUCGGGCGUGUUCAACAAGAGCUGUGCCAUCAGCUACACCUCCUACAGAAAUGUUUUUCCAGUGUGGACGCUUGGCCGCUUCACCUCGCUUUACCCCAGCAGUCCACUGGCUGGCAAGGUCAAGCUGUGAGGUCACUGAGACUGUGUGAAAGAAAAAGGGAAACAAAACGUCUACAGCUGCGGGAACAAAAAAAUAACAGCCACAAAGUGUAAAAAAGAAAAUGGAGAGUAUACUGUAUACUCUCUGCAUGUCAGCUUUGUUUUCAGCCCGCAGCCAUUCUUUGAAUGACUUUGUUUGUUGACAUUCCAGCUCAGCUCAUCCAUUCAUCAGAGCUGCUGCUCACAACACUGACGCCCAGUUAAUCUGCUCAGAUUAAUAACUUGGAUAAAUAUAAAGCAUUUAUGAUGAAGAAAAAAAAACGUUUUUCUCUGGUUGUAUUGGCACGUGUGGGAGUUGUAACAAUUCUUCUGUUGAGAAAGCGUGAGAUAAGACGAGUGUUUGCAUCACAUUUGAGUCCUAAAUCUUCCCUGUGACACUUUCACACCUGCACAAAGAAUAUAAGCUCCUGUAUCCAUCUGUUCCAAAAAUACAAUGGUUUGUCAUGAA